AUGACUUUUUCCCUCACUAAACGUCAAUUUAUUGAAGAAGAAAAUGAUGAAGCACAAAGAAAACGUAUUAAUAAACCAGAUAAUUAUCCACUAAAAAGGCCUUCAGUUUUUCCCCAUCUUGAAGUAUCAGUUGAAGAACUCAUUCGAAUGAGUGGUAAAACAUCGUUCACCCCUGAGGAAGUUCAGAACAUUGCACUAAUAGCAGUGAGAAAUAACCAAAGUCGAAUAAGGGAAGAAUAUGAAAAGAUUUUAAACGAUAAGUUAAAAGAACAAAACGAAGUAUUUGAAGCUUAUCAACGACAAUACUUAGAAAAGCAGUAUAGCAUACAAGAAAUGCCAUAUUAUCUUUGA